AUUUGUUUGCGUCACAAAUCAAAGGAAAUUCCCUAUCCACCAUUCUAUGAAUAAAUAUGUGAUUUUUUGGGGCACAUGUAGUAAUUUACGAGUGCACGGGCAAUUUAUAGUUGCCAAUAUAGAGAAGUGGAACACAAAAUUUUGUAAAUGAGACUUGGGGUGUGUUUUUUGUUGACGAUCGCGUCAGUGUGGGGCUUCCCUGAGCGGAGAGCGCCCGAGAAGCCGCAGCUAUCUCAAAUUGCUCACCAGGUGGAAGAGAGGAAGGAGAAUAAAGCGAGAGAAGCGCCCAUAGACUGCAAAGGGAAGAGCGCCACCAGUAUAGCUCAGAAGGCGGCCGCAGAGGCGAAGGCUGCUCAGGCGGCGCAGAACGCGGCUGGUGCCCAAGCUGCACAUAUGGUAAAAACCCAACUAGCGGAAAAAGCACUGCAAGCAGCCAAAGCAGCUGAAGCGGCUCUAGCCGGUAAACAAGCUGUAGUUGAACAACUGCAACAGGAAGUAAAAGAAGCAGAAGCUGUGGUCGCUGAGAAUACAGCCGCUGUACGGCAGCAACAGUCGACUGUCAAUACCGCUGUUCAGGCAGCGCAGCAAGCUACUGCACAGCACAGACUAUUGAUGCAGGCAACACAAUUAGCAAGCCAAAUGGAGAAAUCCGCACAUUGCGUACUAGAGAAGACGAAGAUCGGACUGCAGGAGAAAUGUCACAAUUUGUCCGAAGCUAGGGCAAGGUUGGCUCACCUCCAACACAAGUUGCAAUGCGCCUGCGCAGAAUGCGCAGCAACAAAGCAAGCGGCACACGCCGCGUGUGAAGCCGCAAGAGCUGCAUGCGGAAAUGCUAGAAGGAAAAAACAUGUAAGCAGUCGGAAUGCUCCAAUACAAAAAGAAACUAAAAAUGGAUGAUAAUGGAAUUAAGAUAUUUACAUUGUAAGCAAUUGGCGUAACGUAUUUCUGUUACUUAUAAGUAACUAUUUCAAUUCAAGAAACUGCUAUGUAUGAUGUAACUUCUCCGGUACAAGAAAAACUUUCUUAAUGUUUUUCACCUUUCGAUUUCUGUUAAAUAUUUAUUCCGAGUACAGAUAGUGAUCUGGUAACAUCAUCAAAAAUGUGUGGAUACAGAAAUAAUGGACUUUUUAGACUGAUAUAAUUUACUAUAGUUUUGUAAUUAACAAUGUUAAGAUGUCAUUUGAUAUUUUGAUAGAACUACGGUUG